AAAUUUUAUUCCACUUUGAAAUUUCAGGAUCUGAAGAGACUUCUCUGGGAGUAAUAGAACAUGGCCUCCAAAUCAUUAAGACUUAGCCGAUCAAAUCUAUCUGCGAGUUCAGAUGCAACCGACGGUCAGAAACCUCCACUACCUCCAACUGUGACAUUUGGCCGAAGAACUUCUUCCGGUCGCUAUAUCAGCUACUCAAGGGAUGAUCUUGAUAGCGAAAUUGGGAGUACUGAUUUCAUGAACUAUACGGUGCAUAUACCACCUACCCCUGAUAAUCAACCUAUGGAUCCAUCUAUCUCGCAGAAGGUUGAAGAGCAAUACGUGUCGAAUUCACUCUUUACAGGUGGGUUUAAUAGUGUUACACGGGCUCAUCUCAUGGACAAGGUGAUUGAUUCUGAAACAAGCCAUCCCCAGAUGGCUGGUGCCAAAGGAUCCUCCUGUUCUAUUCCAGGCUGUGAUGCAAAGGUCAUGAGUGAUGAGCGUGGCAUGGAUAUUCUUCCUUGUGAAUGUGAUUUUAAAAUAUGCCGGGAUUGCUAUAUUGAUGCAGUGAAAACUGGGGGUGGGAUUUGCCCUGGUUGUAAGGAGCCUUAUAAGAACACUGAAUUGGAUGAGGUAGCUGUGGAUAAUGGGAGGCCACUUCCACUUCCUCCACCAGGAACAGUUUCCAAAAUGGAGAGGAGGUUAUCAUUGAUGAAGUCUACAAAAUCAGCACUAAUGAGGAGCCAGACUGGGGAUUUUGAUCAUAAUAGGUGGCUGUUUGAAACAAGGGGGACUUAUGGAUAUGGGAAUGCCAUAUGGCCUACUGAUGGGGGUUUUGGCAGUGGGCAAGAUGAAGUUGCUGAACCCAAAGAAUUGAUGAAUAAACCGUGGAGGCCCCUUACCAGGAAAUUAAAGAUACCAGCUGCUAUUAUCAGUCCAUAUCGGCUGCUCAUUUGUAUUCGGAUAGUUGUCCUUUCAUUGUUUUUGACAUGGAGAGUCAGACAUAAAAACGAAGAUGCAAUCUGGCUAUGGGGGAUGUCAGUUGUUUGCGAGAUCUGGUUUGCAUUUUCGUGGCUUCUUGACCAACUUCCCAAGCUAUGCCCAAUCAAUCGGGCAACAGAUCUUAAUGUCUUGAAGGAGAAAUUUGAAACACCUAGCCCUGCUAAUCCCACUGGUAAAUCUGAUCUUCCGGGCAUAGAUAUCUUUGUUUCUACUGCGGAUCCAGAGAAAGAACCACCUCUUGUAACUGCAAACACCAUUUUGUCAAUUCUAGCUGCUGAUUACCCUGUUGAAAAACUUGCUUGUUAUGUUUCUGAUGAUGGAGGUGCACUUCUAACAUUUGAGGCCAUGGCAGAAGCUGCAAGUUUUGCUAAUAUUUGGGUUCCUUUCUGCCGUAAACAUGAUAUUGAGCCCAGGAACCCUGAGUCUUACUUUAAUUUGAAAAGGGAUCCUUAUAAGAACAAAGUGCGAUCGGAUUUUGUCAAGGAUCGCAGGAGAAUCAAGCGUGAAUAUGAUGAGUUCAAGGUUCGGAUCAAUGGCUUGCCUGAUUCUAUUCGCCGCCGAUCUGACGCUUAUCAUGCUCGUGAGGAAGUCAAGGCCAUGAAACUUCAAAGACAGAACAGAGAUGAUGAACCUGUGGAGAGUGUAAAGAUUCCAAAAGCUACUUGGAUGGCGGAUGGUACCCAUUGGCCAGGGACUUGGAUGCAUCCUGCGCCUGAGCAUUCUAAGGGUGACCAUGCUGGUAUAAUACAGGUGAUGUUGAAACCUCCUAGUGAUGAACCACUGCAUGGAAAUGCUGAUGAUACAAAGAUCAUGGACCUUACAGAUGUUGAUAUUCGUCUUCCAUUGCUCGUUUAUGUUUCUCGUGAGAAACGCCCUGGCUAUGACCAUAACAAGAAGGCAGGGGCCAUGAAUGCGCUUGUUAGAGCUUCAGCCAUUAUGUCUAAUGGUCCCUUCAUUCUCAACCUUGAUUGUGAUCACUACAUUUACUACUCCCAGGCAAUGAGGGAAGGCAUGUGCUUCAUGAUGGAUCGAGGAGGUGACCGCAUCUGUUAUGUUCAGUUCCCUCAGAGGUUUGAGGGUAUUGAUCCUUCUGAUCGAUAUGCCAAUAACAACACCGUUUUCUUUGAUGUUAAUAUGCGUGCCCUUGAUGGUCUUAUGGGUCCAGUCUAUGUUGGAACUGGAUGCCUCUUUAGAAGGACUGCCCUAUAUGGCUUUGACCCUCCUCGAGCAAAAGAACACCACCCAGGAUGCUGCAGUUGUUGCUUUGGUCGGAAGAAGCAUUCCUCAGUUGGAAACACGCCAGAAGAGAACAGGGCAUUGAGAAUGGGUGAUUCUGAUGAUGAAGAGAUGAACCUCUCCUCAUUUCCUAAGAAAUUUGGCAAUUCGACGUUCCUCAUAGAUUCAAUCCCAGUGGCAGAGUUUCAAGGUCGCCCUCUUGCAGAUCACCCAGCUGUUAAGAAUGGACGCCCUCCUGGUGCUCUUACCAUUCCUCGUGAGCUUCUUGAUGCAUCAACUGUUGCAGAGGCAAUCAGCGUUAUUUCUUGCUGGUAUGAAGACAAGACAGAGUGGGGACAGCGAAUUGGUUGGAUUUAUGGGUCUGUUACUGAAGAUGUUGUCACAGGUUAUAGGAUGCACAAUAGGGGAUGGAAAUCAGUUUAUUGUGUGACCAAGCGUGAUGCUUUCCGAGGGACUGCUCCAAUCAAUCUCACAGAUCGGCUUCAUCAAGUCCUCAGAUGGGCUACUGGUUCUGUUGAGAUUUUCUUCUCACGCAACAAUGCCUUGCUAGCCAGCCCAAGAAUGAAAUUUUUGCAGAGGAUAGCAUAUCUUAAUGUUGGUAUCUACCCAUUUACCUCCAUUUUUCUGAUUGUCUACUGCUUCCUACCUGCACUAUCCCUUUUCUCUGGCCAAUUCAUUGUACAGACCCUUAAUGUCACUUUCCUCGUCUACCUUCUUGUCAUUACUGUGACUCUAUGCUUACUUGCUAUACUUGAGAUCAAAUGGUCUGGCAUUGAGCUAGAGGAGUGGUGGAGGAAUGAACAGUUUUGGUUAAUUGGAGGGACUAGUGCCCACCUUGCUGCGGUGCUUCAGGGGCUACUGAAAGUUGUUGCAGGAAUUGAAAUCUCUUUCACCUUGACUUCAAAAUCAGGUGGUGAUGAUGUAGAUGAUGAGUUUGCUGAUCUUUACAUUGUAAAAUGGACUUCAUUGAUGAUCCCGCCGAUCGUGAUCAUGAUGACCAACUUAAUUGCUAUAGCUGUUGGGUUUAGCCGAACAAUAUACAGUGUUUUACCGCAAUGGAGCCGUUUAAUAGGUGGAGUUUUCUUCAGUUUCUGGGUUUUGGCUCAUCUCUACCCGUUUGCCAAAGGUCUAAUGGGAAGACGAGGAAGAACACCGACCAUUGUUUUUGUAUGGUCAGGACUUAUUGCAAUCACUAUCUCUCUCCUUUGGGUGGCUAUCGAUCCUCCGUCAAAUACUACCCAAAUUGGAGGCUCGUUCCAGUUCCCUUGAGAGGCCCUUCUUUUUCUGUUGAGCUGCAUUUGUUCAGUGAAAUUCCUUCAUUAGUUCUUGGUUUUUUUUUCCCCUCAUUCAAAAAGUUUUAUCGUGUCGGAAAAUGGAUUAGGGUAUGUUCUUGUUGUUGUGCCCAUUUAUACUAAUGCUUACUUUUGUAACAGUUCUCCCAAGGAUCAUCAGGAACAAGUAGCUGAAAUUCUAGUCAUCAGUUUUCCAUUUUCACGUGGAUAACUAGGACCUUGCUUAUUAUUGUAUUCUUUGUAAUGUAGAAAGUGCACAUUGAAAGCAGUUAUUGCCAGAUUUAUUUUAUACACUUCAAAUUUACAAGUUUGCA